AUGUCAUUCGCAGCAAAAGAAGAUCCAAAAACAUUAGUUUUAUUUGAUGUUGAUGGUACAUUGACACCAGCAAGAUUAACAAUUUCACCAGAAAUGAAAGAAACCUUGGAAAAAUUAAGAAAAAAAGUAGUAAUUGGUUUUGUUGGAGGAUCAGAUUUAUCAAAACAAGUUGAACAAUUAGGACCAAAUGUUUUACAAGAUUUUGAUUAUUGUUUUAGUGAAAAUGGUUUAACUGCUUAUAAAUUAGGAAAACAAUUGGCUAGUCAAUCUUUUAUUCAAUGGUUAGGUGAAGAAAAAUAUAAUAAAUUAGUUAAAUUUAUCUUGAGAUAUUUAUCAGAUAUUGAUAUUCCAAUCAGAAGAGGUACUUUUAUUGAAUUUAGAAAUGGUAUGAUUAAUGUAUCACCAGUUGGUAGAAAUGCUUCAACAAAUGAAAGAAAUGAAUUUGAAGAAUUUGAUAAAAAAUCUCAUGUUAGAGAAAAAUUAGUUGAUGCAUUAAAAGAAAAUUUUAAAGAUUAUGGAUUAACUUAUUCAAUUGGUGGACAAAUUUCUUUUGAUGUUUUCCCAACUGGUUGGGAUAAGACUUAUUGUUUACAACAUGUUGAAGAUGAAGGUUUUAAAACUAUUCAUUUCUUUGGUGAUAAAUCUUAUAAAGGUGGUAAUGAUUAUGAAAUUUAUGAAGAUCCAAGAACUGUUGGUCAUGCUGUUAAUUCUCCAGCUGACACUAUUAGAAUCUUAAAUGAAUUAUUUAAAUUAAACUAG